UUCGCGGCGUCUUCGAACGCGCCGCGGCAGCCAUGUUGGACGCGGCCAGCACGGGGGCCGGCACCAGGGGGUAUUCGAAGCAGCUGUCACGAUGCUGGGGUCCCUGGUGUUGAGGAGAACAGCGCCGGCGCCGCGGCUCCUCUUCCAGCUGCUUAGGUCCUCAUCGCUCCGGAGUCAUGGAAGUGCCUCCAGCCCGAGUGUGACCACCGCGGGCCGCGGGGAGCCGCAAUGGUUGAGGGCGGCCGUCGGGGGGCGCCCUGGAACAUCGGCAGUCUUCCUCCCCCAUGAAGGGGCAGCCACCUGGGGGCGCCAGGGAGGACUCACCGAGACCUCGUGCCUCGUAGCCGCAACAUCGGGACGCCUUCCUAGCCCAGAAGAAACACUCCCGGGACAGGACAGCUGGAACGGGGUCCCCAGCAGGACCGGACUGAGCAUGUGGGCCCUGGCCACGGCGUUCGUGGUUCACUGUUACAGCAAGAACCCGUCUAACAAGGAUGCAGCCCUGAUGGAAGCUGCUCGUGCCAACAAUGUCCAAGAAGUCAGCAGGCUCUUGUCGGAAGGUGCAGAUGUUAAUGCAAGGCACAGACUCGGCUGGACGGCACUCAUGGUGGCAGCCAUCAGCCGAAACGACAGUGUGGUGCAGAUCCUGCUUGCUGCUGGUGCUGACCCAAACCUUGGGGAUGAUUUUAGCAGUGUUUAUAAGACUGCCAAGGAGCAGGGAAUCCAUUCUUUGGAAGAUGGGGGACAGGACGGUGCAAGCUGGCGCAUCACAAACCAGUGGACAAGUGCCCUGGAGUUCAGGAGAUGGCUAGGAGUCCCCACUGGCGUCCUGGUAACCCGAGAGGAUGACUUCAACAACCGACUGAACAACCGUGCCAGCUUCAAGGGCUGCACAGCCCUGCACUACGCUGUCCUUGCUGAUGACUACCGCACUGUCAAGGAGCUGCUUGAUGGAGGAGCCAACCCUCUGCAGAGGAAUGAAAUGGGACACACACCCUUGGAUUAUGCCCGAGAAGGGGAGGUGAUGAAGCUUCUGAGGACUUCUGAGGUGAAGUAUCAGGAGAAGCAACGGAAGCGUGAGGCUGAGGAGCGGCGCCGCUUUCCCCUGGAGCAGCGGCUGAAGGAGCACAUCAUUGGCCAGGAGAGUGCCAUCGCCACAGUGGGUGCUGCGAUCCGGAGGAAGGAGAAUGGCUGGUACGACGAAGAACACCCUCUGGUCUUCCUCUUUUUGGGAUCAUCUGGAAUAGGAAAGACAGAGCUGGCCAAGCAGACAGCCAAAUAUAUGCACAAAGAUGCCAAAAAGGGCUUCAUCAGGCUGGACAUGUCUGAGUUCCAAGAGCGGCAUGAGGUGGCCAAGUUUAUUGGGUCCCCACCAGGCUACAUUGGCCACGAGGAGGGCGGCCAGCUGACCAAGAAGCUGAGGCAGUGUCCCAAUGCUGUGGUGCUCUUCGACGAGGUGGACAAGGCCCAUCCAGACGUGCUCACCAUCAUGCUGCAGCUAUUUGAUGAGGGCCGGCUGACAGAUGGAAAAGGGAAGACCAUCGACUGCAAGGACGCCAUCUUCAUCAUGACUUCCAAUGUGGCCAGCGACGAGAUCGCACAGCAUGCACUGCAGCUGAGACAGGAAGCUUUGGAGAUGAGCCGUAACCGUAUCGCAGAAAACCUUGGGGAUGUCCAGAUUAAUGACAAGAUAACCAUCUCAAAGAACUUCAAGGAGAAUGUGAUACGCCCUAUCCUGAAAGCUCACUUCCGGAGGGAUGAGUUUCUGGGAAGAAUCAACGAGAUUGUCUACUUCCUCCCCUUCUGCCACUCGGAGCUCAUCCAACUUGUCAACAAGGAACUGAACUUCUGGGCCAAGAGAGCCAAGCAAAGGCACAACAUCACGCUGCUCUGGGACCGCGAGGUGGCAGAUGUGUUGGUUGAUGGCUACAAUGUGCACUAUGGUGCCCGGUCCAUCAAGCAUGAGGUCGAGCGCCGUGUGGUGAACCAGCUGGCAGCUGCCUAUGAGCAGGACCUGCUGCCGGGGGGCUGCACUCUGCGCAUCACUGUGGAGGACUCAGACAAACAGCUGCUCAAGAGCCCCGAGCUGCCCUCCCCCCAGGCUGAGAAGCGCCCACCCAAGCUGCGGCUAGAGAUCAUUGACAAGGACAGCAAGACCCGCAAACUGGACAUUCGGGCACCACUACACCCUGAGAAGGUGUGCCAUAAUCUCUAGCUUCUACCUACCUGCCUUUACGUGCCCUCAAUAUCCAAUAAAGGCCCCUCGGCUGUGGCAUGGCAACUGACCUAUCUUCCCCUCCUCUCCACCCAGCCUGAUGCCUGUUUACCCCCAGUAGACCCCUCCUCAACCUCAAAGUCAAAGAUAGGGAUUUUGCCCUCCCUUGGACCCUUUGUUAUGGGCCCAAAAACUUGCUAACAGGUCUCCAAGAGAGGAGCUGCUUCCCCACCCCCUUCAAGGCAGGGAGGAGGAGGAGGCCCCUUAUCUUUAUCCUUCAGCAUGAUCCCCAUGGCCUAUAGUCUCUGGAACUUUAUCAUGGUCACAGAAAGCUCAGAAGUUUGGCAGCUAAGAACAAAUCUGCCUGGGAAAAGACGGGUACCAGGCUGUGACCUGCCACCCUCUGCUGGCCUUCAUGCAACUGAGUGCCCAGAAUGUCUGCACAGAUUGUGGGAAAAGAGUGCAGAGGCCCAGGCAGAGAUUGUGCAGUGUAGACUGUAGCUACCUCUUUGCCAUACCCAAGAAUUCCAAGGAGAAGGGACCCAUAGAACUCUUCCCUGCUCCACUGCCUUAUGGUAGCUGUUCCCACUCAUUGCACAUUCUGGUGUCAGGCCAGACCAUGUUUCUCCAGCUUUGGAACCAAGCCAGUGUAAGGCACCUCUAGGAGGAAGGCUGAAUGGGUCACUACCCUGCUCUGCUCCGGGAUGGACAACAGUACCAAAUGACCAAGCAAGCUCAGCUCUAUGGGGCCUCCUUCAGGAGACCAACACAGACAUCGGGGAACUGUAGGAAGAGUGAUAAUGAAAUCAGGCUGUGCCUAGGUGGCCAAGGAGUCUGCAUCAGCUCUGUCUAUACUGCUGUCCCAGCUGAGUUAGCCUGGAAUAAAUAAAAAAAACUCCCCCGUGCAGUCUGCAUGUUAGUCACUAAGCAGAGGGUCUGCACACCCACCAUCCCCCAAGGGCAUACCAUAAACCAGGCACGUGUCAACCCUGGCUUAGGACACAGCGAGGCCUGGUGCAUCUCUGGGCACCAUCGAUACUAGCCAUCAUUGACGACCACCCCAUCACCUGCAGGACCAUUUUGGAUCCCUCCUUUGGUGUUAGCUACUCUCUUUCAGGAAGCAGAAAAUAGCGACAGGAAUUAAAGUCCCUUUGGUGAUGGAAGAAUGCCAUGACCAUGUGGUGGGUACGAGGCAGUCAGAAGUCAAGACAUGGGCUCCAGCAGAUGCUCCAGCAAUCACCGUCCAGUAUGUCAAAGAGCUGUCUGCUGCUCCCUACCUCAGUGACUGCUUUUCUUUUUACUAUUACUACUACCACCACUCCUACUUGUUUUGAAAUCAUUUUAGACUUACGAAAAGUUGCAAAAAUAGUCGUUUUCAUAUAUCCUUCACCUCAUUUCUCCUAAUACUAACAUCUUACAAAACUAUAGUAUAAUUAUUAAAAGCAGGAAAUUAACAUUGACACUGUACUAACUAAUUGGUAGGCAUUCAGAUUUUGCCAUUUUUCCCACUGGUGUCCUUCAUCUGGUCCAGGGUCCAAUCCAGGAUCCCGUGUUAUAUUUUGUUGUCAUGUUUCCUUUGUCUCCUUCAGCCCUUGGUAGUUCCUACAUCUUUCUUUGCCUUUCAUGACCUUGACACUUCCGAAAUAUCCAGACCAGUUAUUUUAUAAGAUGUUCCUCAAUUUGGGUUUGUCCUCUGUUUUCACAUGAUUAGAUUGAGGGUCUGCCGUUUUGGCAGAGCUACCCCAGAAGUGAUGAUGUGCCCUUCUAGUGCCUUCUAGCAGGGGGUGGUAUUAACUUGGAUCACGUGACUGUGGUGGUGUGGGUCAGGUUUCUCUACUGUAAAAUACCUAAUUCCCCCUUUGAAAUUAAUAAGAAUCUUGUGAGGAGAUACUUUGAAGCUGUGUAAAUACCUUACUUAUCCUUAAACUUUUGCCUGCUAAUUUUAGCAUCCAUCAGUGGUUUUUGCUUACAAGAAUUAAUGUUGUAUUGGCCUAAUGAUGACUUUCUGUUUACUUAUUCCAUCUGUACUUAUUAAUUGGUAUUCUGCUAUAGGCAAGAGCUCCCUCUUUUCUCCCAUAUAUUUAUUUCAACAAUUUAUUUAUAUCAGUAUAAACUAAUGGAUAUUUGUCUUAUUCUGUGGGUUAUAAUCUCAUACUUCAGUAGUUUAUUUGUUGCUCAUACUGGCAACAAAUUUAUUUGUUGCUCAUACUGGCAAUUGUUUUGGCAUUGCCCCCAUCAUUUUUUAGCCCUUCUUUCUCUCUAGCACCACAAGAUGUUCCAAGCUCACUCAUAUUUUUCCUGUUCCAGCCCUGCAUCAGCUGUUUUCCCAGAUAGCUCCUGUGUUCCUUGCACUCAAGAAUGGACACUAGGUGUAUUCAUUACUACUGGAGUGUCAUUACUUCUAGGCCCUUUCGGCAUACAGAGCUAGGAAAUAGGUGUAUUCAUGUUAACACACACAUCUGAAUUAAUUGUUGUAGCUGUGUGUAUGUUAUUAAAAAUCAUGAGUUCUCACUAAUACCUACAGUUCCAAUCCAAUAUCAUAGGAUUUGUGACUGCUGUUGUUAUACCUCAAUGUUCUUUUUCUCUUCUGCUGCCAUCUCCUUUUCUUCUCCUUUCACUCUGUUUGGUGUUCAGAUUUUCCUUAAAGGUUCUAAUGCAAUCAGUCAGUGACCAUCAUAUAUGGAACAUUCCUAUUAGAUAAAGUUCUCAUGCCUGGUU